CAUAAACAAAUCAACUAGGUCAACUACUUCAUCCUCUCACUCUCUCUCUACAUUAACUAAAAAUCAUUGCUUUUCUAUCAAACAGAGAAAACACACACACACACACACACACAAAAAAAAAAAAAAAAAAGAGAGAGAGAGAGAGAGAGAGAAGCUAGAGAUGAAGACAUGUUUUAAUAUUUUUGCCUUGUUUUUCUUCGUCCAAAUAUUGAGUUCUCAAGUAGAUUGUCAAGUCACAGAUUCAUGUAAUUCCAAUCUUAACCUCAAAAACAAACCUCUCUUUGAUACUUCUUCUUUUCAUUGUGUUUCAGUAUGGGCUGCACAAAACUAUAUCCUAAGAUAUAUGCAAACGGAUACAAAAGUAUGGAGCUUUGUACUAUCAGCACCCAAUUCCAAUUCAUACAUAGGGAUGGGAUUUUCACGAGACGGGAAAAUGGUGGGGUCCAGUGCGAUUGUAGGGUGGGUGAGCACCGACGGAUCUUCCACCGUGAAAAGAUAUUUUCUGGGCGGACAAUCGCCGGAGGAAGUUGUGCCCGAUCAGGGAAAUCUUCAACUUGUGAAUGUGACAUCCUCUAUUAUAGCUGAAAAUUCAAGGAUUUAUAUGGCUUUUCAAUUGAAUACUGAAAUGCCCAGUAAUCGCUUAAUUUACUCACUUGGCCCUAAUGGACGGCUGCCUUCCCCCGUCAACUACCAGUUGUCCCAACAUCGGGAACAUACNGUCAACUCAAUACAUAUUUUCGAUUUUGAAAGCCUUUUUUGGGUUAGACGAUUUUUGUUGGAAAAUAAAGUUGGGUAG